CUCUCAGACGAUAAGAAAAGUGCGAGAAAAGUGAUUACUAAAAUUAAGUCCGUCUCCGUCCACGAAUGAUUGCAGACCGAAACGUGCGUGCGUGGUAGGCAAUGUAGAUAGUAUGGAAGGAGACAUCACCGGGACUCAGGAUAUAGCUACUGUAUAUGAGACAAUAUUUUUGUUCCUUAAGAAUCAAAAGUUAUUCAAGACAGCAGAGACAUUGGAGAAAGAAUGCGAGAUCGUGAUACCGAAUGCGUCAGGCAAAGUAUUUUUUCGCACAUACCAAAGAUUAGGAAUAGUUGGUAAACCUACGAAGUCAUUUGUAGAUAAGAGGAUCGUUCUAGAAACUUUUUCUCAAACUCAAACGGACAGCACAAAUAUGAAGAAGGAUGCCAAGAAACCUUGUUCCUUGAAUUGUGACUUGCUCAGAAGUAGGUUUUGUCAGUUGCAGGAGGAGUACAAAAAACUAUUAGCUGUAACCUGUGAGCUAACGAACGCUUUGCAAAUGAACAUUCUGGGACAAGCUCAGAACGUUAGCUGCGUUUUAGAAGAAUGCAAGAAUAUUUAUCCGUCUUUGUUUGAAACGUCAACAGAGGAAAAUAAAGCGGGCUUCUGGGAAAGCCCAGAGGCAAAAAUUGAGUCCAGAUUGAGUCGCGAUGGGGAGUCGGAUGCGUUAGAAAAACCUGAACCUGAGCUUAUUUAUUCUAAUGUUCCACAGUUGAAUUUAGAUUGUUUCCAACACGAUCAAUCUACAUCUAGUAGCAAUCACCUUUCACCGCAUACACCGUUGACAGAACGUGAAAUAAAAAACAUUCUAGAGAAUAUUUUGAAACGCGUGUUGUCUAUCUUGGAGCAAAACGAGAAAGGAUAUUCGACCGACGGUACAAACGAUUGCUGUGAUUCAAACCAAACGUGCAACGAUUGCAAAAAUGAGAUCUCUAAGAUGUUAGAUAGGAUAGUUUUUAAGGUUUUAGAGUCUCCAAGAUGCAGAACAAGUAGACCUUCUCCAGUCAGACGCCAUUCAGCAAGCACCGCGAGUUGUAGAACAAAAUUAGAGAUGCAGCCAAUAAAUACGAUGGCAAAAAAUAAUGAGUACCUUAUUAAGGUGCCAUCAGAAGUUGAAAAUAAAGCUGCCAAUGAUUCCGGUAAUAAGAACGACAAUGUGUAUGAUGAUCUUAGCGAAAAUCAACAAAUAAAAGACAGGGCAGUGUCAUUGGAAGAUGUGAUGCGUUCACAGAACAAAAGUAUUUCACAUAGCAGGAAUGAUGAUUUGCCCUCAACAAACAUCAACAGUCACACAUGUAAUCCCACGCAACGUUUUAUCAAAAAUGAAGAUGUGACAAAAAACCCGAGCAAUAAAAAGAUAAGCUUAGAACAAAGAUCGCCGAGACAGCAAAGGCCAAGCAUGGAUUCUAAAAGAUUGAAGCCGCCAGUUUUUAGAUAUUUUAGUUACGCUAAGACGCCUAUGUGCUAUAUGGAGCACUGUCGGUUGUUGCAAGAUGGAAAUAGAAACUGCAGAUGUAUGAAAUGUGUUCCUGGGCAAAGUAGAUAUUACUGCGGAUGUUACGAUAUCAUAAGUAAAGAAAUUGAUGAGGAAGUAAGCAAUAUUUCAAAUGAGCAGGCGUCUAUCAGAACCAACUAUUUCAAGAAUAUACAUAGAAGAAGAGAGAUUGGUAUUCCACCAAUUUUAGAGCAGUACAUAUAUGGAAGCAAAUGCAGCCUUUGUGAAGACAUGAUCUGCAAGUGUGCAUUUGAAUCGAGACCGAAAUUGCGCAGAACACCUCCAGAUGAAUCAGUGUGAAAAAUAUGUUUCAUCAACAUCCGUUUCUUCCAAUUACUAAAUGAAUAAAUUAUAAAUGUGCUAAAGAAAACGUCGUUUUUACUAUUUAAAGUCUCAUUUAUUACACUUACAACUAAUUUAUUACAAAUUUAUGACCAUGUCGACUGGACUAUCGCAUUUCGCGCCGUUGACUCAUCUGUAUUUAUCUUCGAAUCGGCGAGUCCAGAAGCGUUCUAGAUAAACCACGAGUCUUCUUCGAAGCCUGCU